GGAUGGGAUAGCAAAGAACCUCGACCACUGGCGGUUCAGGAGGAGCCCGAGUUCGCCAUGAGCAUCAGUAACUUGACAACACCCCUAGGACGUGAAGCCGUGCUCUCGUGUGUGGUAGAGAGACUCGGCAAGUACAGGGUGGGCUGGCUGCGGGCCGAGGACCAGACUAUCCUGAGCCUACAUACUCGUGUGGUGACGCACAACUCACGGAUAUCCGUGACACACGACAACCACCGCACCUGGCAGCUUCACAUUAAACAGGUUAAAGAGUCGGACAGAGGGUGCUAUAUGUGUCAGAUAAACACUAAUAUCAUGAAGAAACAGAUCGGCUGCAUUGACGUCUUAGUGCCUCCCGAUAUCUUGAAUGACGAGACAAGUUCCGACAUGUCGGUGAGGGAGGGAGAGAACUCCACACUAAUCUGUCAGGCAACCGGUCAUCCCAAGCCAAGAAUACUCUGGCGACGAGAGGACGGCGAGGGCAUAAUCAUCAGGAAGGGGCCAAGGGAUAUUGUCAAGGUGGACAUGUAUAACGGUAGUGCCAUGACGUUCUGGAAAGUAGACCGCCGUCAGAUGGGCAUCUAUCUGUGUAUUGCAAGCAAUGAUGUCCCUCCAGCUGUUAGUAAACGGGUGGCAUUCAGCGUGAACUUCGCACCUGUGAUAAAGGUGCCCAACCAACUCCUGGGUGCGCCACUGGGGACAGACGUCCAGCUAGAGUGUUACGUGGAGGCUUACCCCAACACAAUCAACUACUGGAUCAAGAACAGGGGCGAGAUGUUGCUUGACGGGUCAAAAUACUCGAUCCACGAGAAUCGGUCUACCUACAAAGUGUACAUGUGGCUGAUCAUCAGAUCUUUCAGCCGUGCUGAUAUCGGCACAUACAACUGCGUCAGCACUAACUCUCUUGGGCGUGGAGAAGGCACCCUCAGACUCUACGACAUUGCCUUUAUAGGGUCUGGCGGAAACGACGAAGAGCCACACUUCCGCUUCGAACGGAAGUCGAGAAAACAGCGACUCUUCCGGAAGUUGUCUCCUGGCUUCCUCUUUGCUGUUAGCUUCCGCUGCCGUCUUAUCAUCGAGGUGACCCUCUUCUCAGAAGCGCAUUUUAUAAUCAAUAUCAUCGUCCACCGCCCGCCACAUGUACAGAACCCUGAUCGACCGUUUUUCUACCCUUUUACAGUUUGUGACGAUGGACAUUUUGUUGACUACAGAUUCUGUGAUGCUUAG